AUGACCAAAGCAAAGGACAAAUUAAAGUUCAUUUUCAUCACCCAACUUCACAACCUUUUUCCCUCUUGAACAUUUCCUAUAUAGUAUACAAACUCUUCAUUUCUUUCCUCCCACCUUGAUUAGUCAUUACCAUUACACUUCCCUUGCCACAUUCCACUCUUUUCCUCUCUCUCUCUCUCUCUUUUCCAACUCCCUUUAAAAUUCAAAAGAUAAAUCAAGAAUCUCCCUGAACAGUAUGGAAAAGGGUCGGGCUCACAUCAAUACAGAGCUGAAACAGGGGCGGGAGCUGGCUAACCAGCUCAAGCAACACUUUCUUGAAACAACACAACAAUCUAAGCAAACCUGUGAUGCUCUAUUGACAGACAUACUCUCAUCUUAUGAAAAAGCUCUUUCCAUCUUGAAGUCUAAUGCUUUAGGCUUCGAACACCAUUCUCCGGUAAUUAGUAUCAUCAAUUCUCCUCAUUCUUUCACUAGUGAUUCCAGUCCUGCCAGUGACAUCUCUGAUGAACCCUCCAAAAAUGUCUUCAGAAAGAGAAAGGCAUUGCCACAAUGGAGUGAACAAGUUGAGGUUCCUCUGGGGACAGGAGCUCAAGUUCCUCUUGCUGAUGGACACAGCUGGAGAAAAUAUGGGCAGAAGGAUAUUCUAGGAGCCACUUUCCCAAGGGCUUAUUAUCGAUGCACCUAUCGUCACUCGCAAGGCUGUUUGGCUACGAAGCAAGUUCAAAAAUCAGAUGAUGAUUCAUCACUUGUUCAAGUAACAUAUAAAGGAAGUCAUACCUGCAAACAAGGUUCAGAGUCAGGUGCAGGAUUAGUAGUAUCAUUUGGGAAAGAUGAGAAAAGGCAGAAAAAAGGGAGCUACGAACCUAAACCAGAGGAACAAACUCAGGAACAUGAGUUCGAAAAUAUUAUUAGUUUCGGAACAAGCCACAAAACUAAACUGGGAAUAAGUAUGGGAGUGGAAAGACUGCCUUCCUUCUCCUUCCCUUGUGCUAUAGAGGAGUCCUACACCAAAGAUUAUCUCGAUGCCGGGGAAAAUAAUUUCAUGGGCAACACUUAUUCAUCAUAUAUGACACCGGAAACAUCAGAAUGCAGUUAUUUGUCAUUGUCCCCCUACCACAUGAAUAACUUCGGAAUUGCUCAAAAUCUGCAGACUUCAGAGUCAGAUCUCACUGAAAUACUAUCAGCUCCAAACUCAGUCACCAAUUCCCCCAUUGGUGAUUACGAUUUCUCACUUGACCCCGUGGAUUUUGAUCAUAAUAUUUCGCUGGACAUUCUUGAAUUCUUCAAGUAGUGCCAUAUCGGCGUCUCGAUCCUAACUUACAUUUUUUGGGAGGGAUAAAAUUGUCUGCACAAAAGUGACAACGGAAAGUGGACAAUAAUCUCUCAUUGUGCAUGUCGGUCAAGGGUUUUCUUUAGUACAUAGGAGAAUUUUCUCUGUAAUAUAGUUAACUUUAGACUGCUGGGAAUUUCUUUUUUUUGUCCACAUUAAUUAGUUUAUUAGGUACAUCUUUGUAGUUUGUAAUACAGAAGGUUAGAAUUAGCUGAUAUCACUCUAUAAAUCUGUUUCUGGAAAUAUGUCAAUAAAAGUGCUGUGUUUCUACC